AUGGAGCCUGCUCCUACCACUGUGAAUGACAACCCAAUAUCCGGGCCUGCAGUGGUUGGUGUCAUGACUACUUUCAUGAUCUUGUGCACUGUUGCGACACUCGGCAGAAUAUGUACUCGCUAUAUGGUGCAUCAACAGUUUUGGUGGGAUGAUUGGACCAUGGUUGCCACAUGGGCCGGAACUGUGUCCAUGUGCAUCUUGCAGCUCCUCAUGCUCGAUCACGGUGCCGGAAAGAACGUGUGGAAUGUGUCCGGUCCGGAUUUCAAGGAGUUCUCAAAGCUGUUCAUAGACUUCCAAAUGGUUGCCCGAGUAUCCAUCUGUUUUGCCAAGGUCUCGAUCCUACUACUCUACGUGAGGGUCUUCUUUCCGGUUGGCAGCGAUAGGACAACAUUGUGGUGGAUCAUCCAGGUCGUUUUGCUACUCAACUUAUUAUACACCAUCGCGCUUAUACUGUUAGUCGCGCUUCAGUGCGUCCCGUACGGUCUUCCUUGGGGAACCACCUGCAUCAAUCAGUGGCUGCUCCUUGUGAUAUCAUCGAUCGUCAAUAUCAUCAGUGAUACCGCCGUCCUCGUGAUACCAUGGGCGUCUGUGUGGAAACUGCAGAUGGCACGAAAAAGAAAGUGGGCCGUAUGGGCUUUGUUCGCCUUCGGUACUCUCGCACCGCUUGCGAGUCUGGCUCGCCUAUGCUACCAGAUCCCGUUGGCCAGUGGGUCGAAUAAGACGGUCAUAUACACAAUUGUGGCAUUCCUCGCAAUCGCGGAGCAGGUUGUUGCUAUUAUUGUCGGAUGCAUGCCUGUUACUGCCUCUUGGGUUGUCAGGAAAAGGAGGCAGAGCAUGGAGCGCCAGGAUCGGACACUGACAGACAGGCUCAAACCUGGUCGGGAAUCGCACACAUCGCCUGGGCAAAAACGAUCAAAUCGCAGAGUGCCAGACCCAUUCGCCUUGACUGACGCGACGUACAUCAACAGCCAGGAGCAGCUUUGCUCGCAAGCCCCAAACGAUGGAACUAAUGGCUACAAAGGGCAGGAUUUGGAGCUUCUUCAGUUACGCACUUCGCAUCAGAGUGACUCAAUAUUGCGUAUUUAUUGA